AUGAGACUGGCUGCUGACGAGAAGAUUAAUGAGCCAGAAGAUCCAGCACGUAGGAGACUGGCUGCUGACGAGAAGAUUGAUGAGCCUGAAGAUCCGGCACGUAGGAGACUGGCUGCUGACGAGAAGAUUAAUGAGCUUGAAGAUCCGGCAAGUAGGAGACUGGCUGCUGAUGAGAAGAUUGAUGAGCUUGAAGAUCCGGCACGUAGGAGACUGGCUGCUGACGAGAGGAUUGAUGAGCUUGAAGAUUCAGCCCGUAGGAGACUGGCUGCUAACGAGAAGAUUGAUAAGCUUGAAGAUCCGGCACGUAGGAGACUGGCUGCUGACGAGAAGAUCUAUGAGCUUGAAGAUUCAGCACGUAGGAGACUGGCUGCUAACGAGAAGAUUGAUGAGCUUGAAGAUCAGGCACGUAGGAGACUGGCUGCUGACGAGAAGAGUGACGAGCUUGAAGAUCGGGCACGUAGGAGACUGGCUGCUGACGAGAAGAUUGAUGAGCUUAAAGAUCCGGCACGUAAGAGACUGGUGUCGGACAAGAGGAUUGAAGCGCUUCAGGAUCCCGAUCGUAGAAGACUGGUGGCUGUCAAGAAAACAAUAGGACUGGAAGAUCCGGCACGCAGAAGAUUGGUGAGUAAAAAGAGAGCUAAAGAACUUGGAGAUCUAGCACGUAGGAGGAUAGUGGCUAUCAAGAGGGCUAAAAAGGUUGAAGAUCAGGCACGUAGGAAACUGCCUGCUGACGAGAAGAUUGAUGAGCUUGAAGAUCGGGCACGCAGGAGACUGGCUGCUGACGAGAAGAUUUAUGAGCUUGAAGAGCCGGCACUCAGGAGACUGACUGCUGACGAGAAGAUUGAUGAGCUUGAAGAUCCGGCACGUAGAAGACUGGCUGAUGACGAGAAGAUUGAUGAGCUUGAAGACUCGGCACGUAGGAGACUGGCUGCUGACGAGAAGAUUGAUGAGCUUGAAGAUUCGGUACCUAGGAGACUGGCUACUGACGAGAGGAUUGAUGAGCUUGAAGAUCCGGCACGUAGGAGACUGGCUGCUGACGAGAAGAUUGAUGAGCUUGAAGAUCCGGCACGUAGGAGACUGGCUGCUGACGAGAAGAUUGAUGAGCUUGAAGAUCCGGCACGUAGGAGACUGGCUGCUGACGAGAAGAUUGAUGAGCUUGAAGAUCCGGCACGUAGGAGACUGGCUGCUGACGAGAAGAUUGAUGAGCUUGAAGAUUCAGCACGUAGGAGACUGGCUGCUGACGAGAAGAUUGAUGAGCUUGAAGAUCCGGCACGUAGGAGACUGGCUGCUGACGAGAAGAUUGAUGAGCUUGAAGAUCCGGCACGUAGGAGACUGGCUGCUGACGAGAAGAUUGAUGAGCUUGAAGAUCCGGCACGUAGGAGACUGGCUGCUGACGAGAAGAUUGAUGAGCUUGAAGAUCCGGCACGUAGGAAACUCGUGGCCGACAAUAAGAUUAAUAAUCCUGAAGAUCGCGCACAUCGGAGACUGGUUGCUUACAUGACGAUUGAUGAGCUUGACGUUCUUGCACAUAGGGACCUGCUUUCUGGUAAGAAGAUUAAUGAUCUUGAAGAUCUGGUACGUCGGAGACAGGUGACUUACAAGAACAUUGAUGAGCUUGAGGAUCCAGGACGUAGGAGGCUGACGUCUGACACGAAGAUAAAUGAGCUGGAAGAUCCAGUACGAAGAGGACUGGUUGCUGACAAGAAUAUUGAUGAGCUUGAAGGUCCGGCACUGAGGAAACUGGUGCUUGAUAAGAAGAUUAAUGAGCUUAAAGAUCCCGCACGUAGGAAACUGGUGUCUGGUAAGAAGAUCAAUGAGCUUGAAGAUCCGGCAUGUAGGAAACUGGUGCCAAGCAACAAGAUUAAAGAGCUUCAAGAUCCAGCACGCAGGAAACUGAUCGCUGACAAGAGGACUGAAAAACUCGAAAAUCCAGCACAUAGGAGACUGGUGGCAUAAGGCAUUUACAGUAACCAUUUGAAGCAGCUUCAAGAAAGGAUUUUCAGAAGUCUAUUCUUUCGUAAUAAAUGUUGUUAAAAUCGAAAUCAAGACUGGUUGAAGAAAAGUGGCCUUUUU